CACACUCUCUUGUAAGCAAGGAGUUUUUGGGUUACCAACAAGCAAGAAACUUUCUCCUACCUUCAUAUGGCAGUGCCCAUGGUCCCCCAUGCCACCAUAAUUGUUAAGAGUUGUUCUUGUUCUUCUCAUUCCAACUCAACUCAAAACAUUUAACCCAAUAACAGGAUGCCGCCCACCUAGAAUCAUACUUUCCCAACCUAAAAUCGUUAUCUUGGAACAAAAAGGCAACAAAGUAACAAUAGUGCCAAAUUUAUCAUGACAGCGAAAGCAAGCAAAAGAGACAUAAUAAUGUCCAAGUCACAGCCAAUCCGGCUGGUUCCUUGUUUGUACGGCUGAAGCCAGUUUCUUCCACCUGAGGAAGUCCCACCCAAUUGAUUGGCCAUUUCGGCCUAGUUUACUACACAGCUCGGUUGGCUAUACCAGUUUGUUCCACAUGGGGAAGUUCUACCCAACUGAUUGGCGGUUUCAGCCUAGUUUCGCAUAGCUCAGUUGGUUACAGCGUCGUGGUUUCAUAAACUUAUAAGAAGAAGAGGGCAGAUGUCAUUCUCCUGAUUCAACAUUUUCGUCCUCAAAUUUCACAACCCAUCGUUUUCCAGGGUGGUAGACAAGGAAAAAAAGGAAGGAAGGAAGGAAGAAUGACCCAGAUGGUAAUUGAUGAUCAUCAAACAGAGGAUUACUACAGCUCAGUUCAGAAGUACUUGAUGGAAGAACCAGCACAGGUCGAUGAUGAUCACCAUCUUGAUGAAGAGGUUUACGACAGCCAGAGAUUGAACUGUUUGAUCCAAUCUCUGGAAGCAGAGAUUAACUACGUCCAUGAUCUUGAUCUUCAGCAGCAGCAGCAGCAGCAACAACAACAGCCGUCGGAUCAUGUUGUGGAAGGGCGUGAAACGGGGCCGGAUUAUGGUGAUCUUGGGUUCAUCAUCAGCUGGAAUGAUCAGAUUGAGAUGGGUUGCAGUGAUUCCUUCUUCCUUGAUGGAUUUAGUGAUGAUAAUAGAAUGAUGAAAAGGGAUUAGCUUUUGCUCACUUUCUUAAUCCCCACAACUUAGAGGAGACCUUUUGAUACUUGUUUACUAGGAAGGAGUUUUGGCGAAGUUUAAUUUACACUAUUAACAACACCAUCACCAAUUUUGUUUAUCAUAGAUUUUAGCUUCAUUUUUCUUAUCUUUUAUCCAUUGCAUCACUUUACUUUUUCUUUCCUCUUUUCUAUUACAACACCCUCAUUUUAUUUCACAUAUUGAUGAAAGAUUGAAUAAAUACUUUAUACUAGAAGUAAUAAACUCCAUUUUGAGGGACGAGAAGCUAAUAUAUUUUGUAAUAGGAAAAACUUAAUGAAGAAUUCAUAAUUGU